GUGACUCCCUGCCUGUGACAUCAGAGGCAGUAUAAAACGCCCGGGCCGCUCAGGGGCACUUUCUGAAGACUCCUGCCUGUUCCCGAGCGCCACUCUGUUCACCAUGCGUGAGAUCGUUCACCUGCAGAUCGGACAGUGUGGGAACCAGAUCGGCUCCAAGUUCUGGGAGGUGAUCAGCGAUGAGCACGGCAUUAACACCGCAGGGACCUACAAGGGCGACAGUAACCUGCAGCUGGAGCGGGUCAACGUCUACUUCAACGAGGCACAUGGGGGAAAGUACGUGCCCCGGGCUCUGUUGGUGGACCUGGAGCCUGGCACCAUGGACAGUGUGAGGGGCAGUCAGAUAGGACAGCUCUUUAGGCCCGAUAACUUCAUACACGGAAACUCUGGUGCUGGGAACAACUGGGCCAAGGGCCACUACACAGAAGGGGCGGAGCUGGUGGACAGCGUGAUUGACAGGGUGCGGAACGAAUGCGAGAGCUGCGACUGCAUGCAGGGCUUCCAGCUGGUUCACUCCCUGGGCGGGGGCACCGGUUCGGGCAUGGGCACCCUGAUCAUCAACAAGAUCCGGGAGGAGUACCCCGACCGCAUGAUGAACACCUUCAGCGUCAUGCCCUCGCCCAAGGUCUCCGACACGGUGGUGGAGCCCUACAACGCCACCCUGUCCAUCCACGAGCUCAUCGAGAGCACAGACGGGACCUUCUGCAUCGACAACGAGGCGCUCUACGACAUCUGCUUCCGCACGCUCAAGCUGACCACGCCCACAUACGGGGACCUCAACCACCUGGUGUCGCUAACCAUGAGCGGGGUGACCACCUCCCUGCGGUUUCCCGGGCAACUGAACGCCGACCUGCGCAAGCUGGCCGUCAACAUGGUGCCCUUCCCCCGCUUGCACUUCUUCAUGCCGGGCUUCGCCCCCCUCACCAGCAGGGGGAGCCAGCAGUACCGCGCGCUCACCGUCUCCGAGCUUACCCAGCAGAUGUUCGACGCCCGCAACAUGAUGACGGCGUGCGACCCGCGCCACGGGCGCUACCUGACGGUGGCGGGGGUCUUCCGCGGCCGUAUGUCCACCAAGGAGGUGGACGAGCAGAUGCUGGCUAUCCAGCAGAAGAACAGCACCUACUUCGUGGACUGGAUCCCGCACAACGUGAAGGUGGUGGUCUGCGACAUCCCGCCGCGCGGCCUCAAGAUGUCCUCCACCUUCAUCGGCAACAACACCGCCAUCCAGGAGAUCUUCCGGCGGCUGGGCGAGCAGUUCACCGCCAUGUUCCGCCGCAAGGCCUUCCUGCACUGGUACACGGGCGAGGGCAUGGACGAGAUGGAGUUCACCGAGGCCGAGAGCAACAUGAACGACCUGGUGUCCGAGUACCAGCAGUACCAGGACGCCACCGCCGACCUGGACUGGGAGCCAGAGGAGGCCCAAGAGGAGGAGCCCCCAGCGUGGCCGGCGACUAGUACUGAGACCGAAACGAAGGUGGAGACUGUGACUGAGGUCACGACUGAGACUGUGAUCGAAACUGCACCCGAGACGACAGAGGAAUAGAGUGACUGGCAGCUAAAGAACGAAGAAAUAGUGCAGGAGAAAGUCACCAAAAACGCAGCUCAGAAUUCAGCAGCUUUAUGCACCAGUAUCGGAAAUGUCUGACCUAUUUAUGGCUUGAAUGAAGUUUGGGGAGUGGGAAUGGGGAGACCGGCAAGAGAGUGCACUGAGAAUAUUCUAGAAAAUCCUCAACAAAAUUAAAUUAAAUCCUCAAUGUCACAAGAAUACCCUGUGCAAAGAGUCAGAGUACUCUUACACUGCUUCAGGCCCACGGAUAUUUUCAUAGUUCAUUAAAAAUAGUUCUCACCUCAGUUACCUAAGAUGCCACUUAAAAAUAUAGAAAUAUUAUAAUAUGCAUUUUUAUAUGCAUUGUCAGCAGUUUUGGGAAUUUAAAACUAUCUGGAACUGGGAAUAAAAAGCUGCACCCUUUACAUAAGUUAUUCCAAACCGUGUUGAUAUUUAUGGCGUGUGAAUGUAAAAAAAAAAAAAAAGAACCGUAGCCUGCAGAUGCUUUCCAGUAAUGUUAUGGCUGUGCUUUAUGUUUGCUUAGUGUUUAUUUAGGCAAGAAGGUAGUUAACUAAUUGAGCUAAUAUUAUUGUACAAUUAAUCGAAUGUAUUCAGUAUUGUUCUGAUUCAGUGUAAUUCACAGAAAGGUAUAGCAAGAUUAUGUCAACAUUUUAUAUCAUUGUCAUCUUGGACAUUUCACAUUUUUUGAAAAGGUAUAAUUUAUGUAAAUUGUAAAACAAUGUUCUGCAAUGCAUAUGUGCCACACUGAAGGUUAUAAUUCAAAUGAACCUUCUUAUGAAUUAAUAAAUGUUUGGGAAUUCACAAUAAAACAA